GUGAAGACCUCUACCGAAAAACCGGGCAACCCGAAAACUGGUUUUGUUUUAUUUUGCCUGAAAAUUAAAACGCCUUUUGUUUUUACUUACUCUCUCUCUCUCUCUCUUUUUUUUUUUGCUGCUUUUGUUUUCGGGCGAGUGAUUGUGGGGUUGGUGGUUUUUAUUUUUUUAAAUAUAUUUUUAUAUUUUGAUUUGGUGUUUUGUAAAUCUGUGGUAAGUCUUGACGCUGAAGAAUCUCAGUUGGAGUUGAGUUCACGAAGAGCCCAUUUCUCCGUUGCAGGUCAUGAUUUUUGGAGAUGAGGAAGAUUUAGAGUUUGAAGUUGGGUUUUUCGCCUCUGAUUUUAUUUUUGAUAUUUUUCUCUGUUUGAUUUUGAAGCUUCUUCUUCUUUUUUUAUUGUGGGUUUUAUGGGGGUGGUUGUUCUGCCAAAACUGGACCAUUUAGCUCAGUAAUCCUCUUCAGUUCAGAGAAGGGAAGCAUCCUGCAGAUUAAGCAUGGAAGCAAGGGAAGGGAUGAGUGCUGGAGUGACGGUGAUAGGAGCAGAAGCUCCGUCCAACUAUCAUGUGGCGGCCAGGAGCGAAAACCCUAGCCAGGUAGCUGGAGCUCCAGCUCCAGUUCCCGCCCCACAACCCAGUCCGGGAGUAGGAUCAGCAGCUACUCUAGGGAAGAAGAAGAGAGGUAGACCCAGGAAGUACGGUCCAGAUGGAACUGUCAACAUGGCAUUGUCCCCACUGCCCCUCUCCUCCUCCGCCCCACCUGGCCUCAAUUUUCCGAUGCCUGGAAAACGGGGCAAAGCCCGGGCUCUCGGGUUUGAGAGCAAGCAGCAUAAGGCAAUGCAAUCAGAGAGUUUAGGUGAUUGGGUUGCAUGUCCAGCUGGCACAAAUUUCACACCCCAUAUUGUCACUGUUAAUGCUGAUGAGGAUGUCACGAUGAAGAUUAUUUCAUUUGCUCAACAAGGGCCACGGGCUACUUGCAUCCUUUCUGCUAAUGGAGUAGUUAAAAAUGUAACACUGCGUCAACCUGACUCUUCUGGGGGUACUUUGACAUACGAGGGUCGCUUUGAAAUUCUUUCUUUGACCGGGUCAUUCACUCCUACCGAGAGUGGAGGAACAAGAGGGAGAGCAGGUGGGCUGAGUGUCUCUUUGGCAAGUCCAGAUGGCCGUGUUGUUGGGGGAGGAGUUGCUGGACUUUUGGUGGCUGCUAGCCCUGUACAGGUUGUAGUUGGGAGUUUUCUCCCGAGCAACCAGCAUGAGCAGAAAAUAAAGAAGGUGAGAAAUGAGUCUGUGCCAGCCAGUGCCAUUCCUGCUGCUGCUACCAUGGGCACUGCUGCCACCGCCGCCGCCGCACCUACGUCCAGUGCAGAGGGAGAGGAUGGUAUUGCUGGAUCAGGCAGAAACAACUUCAACACUCCAAAGCCAAACUUUGCUUCUUCCUCAUCUUUCCGGAGAGAGAACUGGGCCCCAAUGCACUCUGUGCAGGACUCGAGGAAGUCCACAACGGAUAUCAACAUCUCUCUGCCUGUAGGUUAAAUAGGGAUUGACAUUUGUGUGUGCAGGCCGUCUCUUGCUGGUUAGAUUGAACCCAGAUGCUGGUUUUUGACUGGGUACCGAGGCUUGCUGUUCUCAUUUGAAUUCUGUAAUCUUAUGAACUACAGGUUUCAUCAAGGAAGUAGCUUUCAAAUUGCAACAAUGUUUUUAACUAUUUCAAGUUAUCAGGCUGGGCAUCCCUUUUGUAGGCUAAUUUUACAUAGGUUUUGGCAGCCGUUUACCCAUAGGCUAUGGGAUGCUAUUUUGCCUGGUUUGCCUUUUAUGUUGUAGGAUUUAACUAUUUUGACAAUUUUCUCUAUAUUUGAAAGGCCCCUGUUAUAUCAA